AUGCAUCCCCUCCCCCGACAGCUCCUUUCCUCCUCCCGCAGCCAUCCACCACCCCUUUCCUCCGACCGGUUCGCCAACAUGGCGCCAGCAACGAGACUCUGCCUCACCCUGCCCCUCCGCGCGGCGGGGAGGAGGAGGACGUCGGCCUUCACGUCGACGAGGACGAUUCACAACAACCCCCCGAAACCGGCCAAAGUAGUACCCGUGUACGGCACCGGUCCUCCCCCCGAGCCUCCCACCCCGGCGGCAGAGUACGCGGUAGAGGAGCGCCUCGCGAGGAGGAAAAGGCAGGCCGAGAUGCUCAGACAGGCAAGAGACAUUCGCAAGAACAACGGCAACAACAGUAAACCUGCCGACCCGAACGCGCCGGUGUUGAAAAGGAGGUUUUGGAAGGAUGUCUCCAUCAAGGAGGUUGUCGGAACCUACCAGAUCCACCUCGACUCCCGCCCCCUCCGGCACCCAACCACAAAAUCCAUCAUCCGCAUCCCCUUGUCCAAACCCCAGCUCGCCCACGCGCUGGCGGUGGAGUGGGACCAGUUGCUGUCUGCGCAGGAGGCGACGAAGCAGCAUCUUAUCCCGCUUACGUCUUUGGUCUGCAGGGCGGUUGACAUUGGGGCUGAGGACGCUGCGCAUCCUGGCGGUCCUGGUCCGAUAAGGGAGUCUAUUGUCACCGGUAUGAUGCGGUAUCUCGACACGGACAGCUUGUUGUGUUGGGCACCGCCUGCUGAUAGCACCGACCCCCACGCGCCGAGCAGUUACCUCAAUGAUGAGGGGAAGAGCUUGAGGGAUCUGCAAGAGGAGGCGGCGGGGGGUGUGGUGGGUUGGUUGACGAGUAAGGUCUGGCCGGGGGUGAAUAUCGUGCCGGUGUUGGAGGAUAGCGGGAGCAUACUGCCCAGGAAACAAGAGCCGGGGGUGAGGGAGGUGGUGCAGGGGUGGGUGUUGGGGUUGAGUUGCUGGGAGCUUGCGGGCAUCGAGAGGGCGACACUUGCGGGGAAGAGCUUGCUUACGGCCGCGAGGUUGGUUUGUGAGUGGAGCGAGGAGAGGCAAGACCUGACCCAGGGGGAGGAGAGAAAGUUUGGGGUGGAGGAGGCGGCGAGGGUGGUGAGCGUGGAGGUUGAGUGGCAGACCCGGAGGUGGGGAGAGGUGGAGGAUACACAUGAUGUAGAGAAGGAAGAUUUGAGGAGGCAGCUGGGGAGUGUUAUCUUGCUUGUUGGGGGGACUGGGAGGUAGAGGGUUAGAAGUGUAAGAUGGUGUUGUGUAAGAUACGAGGGGUAGAUGGUCAGCGAGGCACCCUCCCGCAAUAGCAAAACUAAGUUGACCCAUAUUACAUAUUGUAAACCAUGCCUCAAAGCAAAUCAACAGGUCUUUGAAUACCUUUAAAGGCCUCUUGACUAUCUUUCAAUGCCUAUCAAUUCUCUUAAGA